AUGCCUGCCAAACACGUCUUUCCGGUACACGCCGUCCCAGCAGUCACCAACUUGAACGAAGCUCCGGCCCCUCGAUCGAUCGAUACGCAAACCCCCGCUGCCCACCCCACGUCCGCAGCCCAAUACUCGCGUGAACAACCGCCGCCUCACAACCUUGUCGAACGUGGUAGCACUCGAACGUUGACCGUCGGAGACUGGACGAUCAGGACUGUCAAGAGACCUAUCCUCAACGGCAAAGAGAUCGAUGCAGCUGCCGAACAUUUGGAUAUUCCCCUUCCCGAGAUGACCUUCGGGAACAACUCUUUGGACUUGACGUAUGCUCCGGAUCAGACUUCCGCUCCAUUGUCCUUGAACUUUUCUGCUUUACAAGCGCUUGCGGACGUCGCGACCGGCGAAGGCUGGGAAGAACGCAAUGGCGGAGGCGUGCAGGUGUCGAUGGCUGAACAUUGGAGCCAGAACAGAACUCAAGGAACUAGCUACCUCUCUGACAUUCCUAUCUCUGACAAGCCCACCAAGCCUUUCGAUUGGACAUACUCUACGACAUUUUCCGGUGCACUCCAAUCAGGCAACUUUGAUGGCUUCACCAUUUCGGAAACCGAUUCAAUCCCCAUGGACUUACUGGCCCGACAGGACCCGGUACUGGAUAAGAUCAUUUUCUACGACGAUGUCUCGCUCUUCGAAGACGAGCUGCAUGACAAUGGCGAGUCUGUGAUGAAUGUCCGGAUCCGUGUCAUGCCGCAUUCCUUCUUCAUCCUUUCUCGAUUAUUCCUGAGGGUGGACAAUGUCCUGUUCCGUACUCAUGACGUCAGGAUAUUCCAUGCCUUUGGAAGCAACAAGAUCAUUCGGGAGAUCAUGGGCAGAGAGUGCGCCUACAACGACAUGAAAGCUAGACUUGAGACGCAAGACGACUUGUCGCCUCUGAACGACGCCAACUUUGUCACCCAGGUUUUGUCGUCGAUGCCACUUGCUUCCUCAUCAUCCAGCGGGAAGCCUUGGCCGGGCUUGGGAGUGAAACGUGACGUACUUUUGCUUGAUCACUCCCUCGCCUCGCGGUCGCAGCCUCAACAGCAAACGGACGGGGAUCAUCAGACACAGUAUCAGUCGUCUGCAUUGCCGUCUAUUCCCGCGACGUCACCCAGAGCCGACAACGAGGGGGGCUUUGCUACGCACCAUCAACUUACGACAAGUGAACUCCAAGCUCAGACCAAGACAAGCAUCAUGGACAGGCCGAGAGGUAUCCGAAGGGGAGGCGAUCCAGCUGGUGACGGGACUGCCGGAGGUUUCAACUAUGGCUACGACAACUCUGGUCAGUGGUUGAUUUCCUCCUCACCUGCUCAAUAA